ACGUAGAGAAAUUAAAACCUUCUUCAUCUACUUAUUUUUUGUUGUAAUAUUGAAAGUGAUUAAAAUGGGAAACUGUUUGAGAAGUGAAUCGGCCAUGGUAUGGGCCGGAGAAGAUUGGGGUUCUCUAAAGUCGAAGAGCCACCAGCACCACCAGAAUACCAUGCACUAUGGUGGAGUUGAUGACAUGGAAAAGCAGAGGCUUCUUCAUGAGAUUAGAGCUUCUUCUUCUUCUUCUUCGUCGUCUUCCUCGCUGUCGAAUGAUUGUGGUACUUCGAGAGAGUUGAAGAUUAAGAUUUCCAAAAAGGAGCUGGAUCAGCUGAUAGGAAGAACCGGCGGCAUGCAAGGUUUGACUGUGGAACAAUUUCUAUCUCAGUUGGUCAUUAAUAAUGGUGGCGGUGAUCACCGGCCGUGUUGGUUGGAUCAUCAACGUUCAUGGAGGCCAGCCCUACAGAGUAUUCCUGAGGGGAUAAAGAGUGAGAAAAGAAGAAGGGGAGUGGACAUUGUUAGGAUGGUUUGGAUUUUGACAUGUUCGUUCAUAUUACACUUCAAGAGAUAUAGGUGGAAGAUAAGGAUGGGUUCAUAUGGAUUAUUUAUUGGGUUGUUUUAUGGUUCUUUUUUUUUUUCCAUAUUAAAUUGUGCUAUGGAUUUUUGAAGAAGAGAAGUAAAAAUUAAAAAAAAUAAAAAGGGAAAAAAACUCCAUUGUUAAAGUAAAAAUGGGUAAGUAUUUUAAAAAAAAAAGGGAAAAAAAACUUAAUAUUACUGGAUUUCUUUACUUUAAUAUUAUUGCAAAUGGUUAGAGAACAAAAUAAAAAUAAAAUAAAAUAAAAUAAAAAAUCAUAUCAAUUCAAGGUUGAAGACAACCUACUUUGCCCCCAUAGUAUAGGGGCUGUGAAGGGGUGGAGUAAACUUACUUGAAGUCGUCAUAGGAUUUUAAUGAAUUUCAAUGAGAAAAAUUAUACUUGAGGGAUCAAAGUGAGGAACACAAUAUUCUUUAGAGACUAAAGUGGGAAAUGUGAUUUUAUUUACACCUCGUCUCCACUCAUAAAUAAGAGGCCCU